AUUUAAAAAUAUACUUUGAUAUAAAAUAUUGUAAUUAUAACCCUUUUCUGGGUCUGAAGACAUCUUUAUAGCAUUGACAACACGGUCGAACCAUGUUGGCCCAAGAACAAUGUCCAUGUCGGCUUAAUGGUGGAUUUUUUUUUCCGGUAAUCUGCGAGGACUUUUUCAUAAUACGAGGGAAAAGGAAAAGAAAAAAGGUAGACCGCGAGCUGGGGAUGCAGAAGAACAAGGACAAGCACAAGCACAACAAGGCUUAAAGCACUUUACGAUUGUUUUCGUGUCCGUUGAUCUUUACUGCUUUAGCCAUUUUUUUAUGGUUUAUGCUGUCAGGUUUUGGGCGAGUCUAGGAUUGCAGUGACAUUGAUUGUACUUGCAUAUAUAUUUCAAAUUGAUUAUAUAAAAUGGCAUCCGUUGCAUCGAAAAACAUGUGGCUAAGAAGGCAGCAAUGCCCAUGUGGUGACUGGAAAUGUUAUGUAACAUAUGAAGGAGAUGCUGAAGAGACAUCGAUAGUAUCCCAGAUUGUAAAAACUGAAUCACAUCAGUCCCAAGACAUGGUUGCUCCUUAUGUUGGAAUGGUGUUUAAGACCGACGAUGAUGCUUUCGAGUAUUAUGGAAAUUUUGCUAGGAAAAAUGGGUUUUCCAUUAGGAAAGAGAGGUCCAGACUGAGCCCCCAAUUGGGGAUUUAUAAGCGUGAUUUUGUUUGCUAUCGUUCCGGAUUUGCACCGGCAAGGAAAAAGCUUUCUGGGGAACACCAUAGAGAUAGGAAGUCUGUACGGUGUGGGUGUGAUGCUAAGAUGUACUUGUCCAAGGAAGUAAUAGAUGGGGUUUCUCAAUGGUUUGUUGUACAGUUUAGCAAUGUUCAUAAUCACGAGCUUUUAGAGGAUGACCAGGUCCGUCUCUUGCCUGCAUAUAGGAAGAUUAAUGAGGCAGAUCAAGAGAGAAUUUUACUACUUUCAAAAGCUGGGUUUCCUAUACAUCGUAUAGUGAAGGUUUUGGAGUUGGAAAAAGGCAUUCAAGGUGGGCAAUUGCCUUUUUUGGAGAGAGAUGUUAGGAAUUUUGUUCAAAACCGGAAGAAAGUGGUUCAAGAAAAUGAUGCUUUGCUCAAUGAGAAAAGAGAAAAUGAUACAAUGGAACUUCUUGAGGCAUGUAAAGCAACAAAAGAGGCUGAUCAAGAUUUUGUUUAUGAUUUUACAGUAGAUCAGAAUGAUAAGGUUGAGAACAUUGCUUGGUCAUAUGGUGUCGCUGUUAAUUCAUAUGCCUUGUUUGGUGAUGUUGUUUAUUUUGACACCACUUACAGAUCAAUCACAUAUGAUAUGCUUUUUGGGGCAUGGUUUGGAAUUGACAACAAUGGUCAACCAAUUUUCUUUGGUUGCGUUUUAUUGCAGGAUGAAACACUGCGCUCCUUUGCAUGGGCUAUACAGACGCUUAUCCGCUUCAUGAAAGGGAGAUGUCCACAGACAAUUUUAAGUGAUCUUGAUCCACGACUUAGAGAUGCUAUAACAAGUGAAUUACCGAGUACCAAACAUGUUACAUCUAUAUGGAACAUACUUCCAAAGGUAUCUAGCUGGUUCUCUCUUCAGCUUGGAUCUCAAUAUGCAGACUUUAAAUCAGAAUUUGAUGCAUUGUAUCGUCUGGAGAGUACAGAGGGUUUUGAGCUACGAUGGAAUCAAAUGGUUUCCAUAUUUGGACUUGGCUCAGAUAAACAUAUCACUUUACUCUACUCUCUUCGUACAUCUUGGGUGCUGUCAUAUGUGAGAGUUCAUUUUCUUGCUCGAAUGGCAACAACAGCCUAUUCAAAGUCUGUAGAUGCUUUCUUGAAAGGUAUCUUCGGUGUUCAAUCAUGUUUACGUGGAUUUUUUGAGCAGGUUGGUAUUGCAGCCAAUUUACAAAACGAGCGACAUCAAGAGAUACAGUGCCAGUAUAUGCAUAUGAAAACAUGCUUACCCAUUGAAGAGCAUUCACGGCAAAUUCUUACACCCUUUGCAUUCAAUUCUCUACAACAGGAAUUAAUAGUAAGCAUGCAGUAUGCUGCAUCUGAAAUGGCCAAUGGAUCAUAUGUUGUGCGUCAUUUCAGAAAGAUUGAUGGGGAAAGUCUUGUUAUAUGGAUUCCAGAAGAUGAACAGAUUCACUGUUCAUGUAAGGAGUUUGAGUCUUCUGGGAUAUUGUGCAGACAUGCUCUUCGUGUAUUUAUAGAUAAGAACUACUUUCAACUUCCUGAAAAGUACUUUCUAAGUAGAUGGCGAAGAGAAAGCUCUUUGAUGUUUUAUGAUGAUCAUUCUGUUCAAGAUAAAGAUGAUGAAUGGUUUCAAGAGUUCCAGUCCUUAACUGAAACUUUAUUUGCAGAAUCAUCAAUUACAAAAGAGCGCUCUGAUUAUAUUCGUAGGGAGCUGACAAAGGAACUUACAAGACUUCUCAAUGAGAUUAGAGAUAUGCCAGAAAACGAUGGAGCACCCAUGGAUUUUACGCUUACACCAACUGAUUAGUUGCUGAGUAGUUAAAGCUGCUCUUCAGAGUAAAUAGAACCACCAGAUACUACAAUAACAAAAGUGAUAACCAAUUAAAAGUGUGCCAUGAAGAUGAUCAUGUUGUAGUUGGCGCUCUUUCAAUUUCUACAUGCAAGUUGAAUGAAAGCUCUUUGAAAAUGAGUGAUAAUCUGAAGUAGAUGCUGAAGAACAUAUUUUUGGAUGGCUUUUGACAAGUCAUUUUAAUUCCCUUCAGGAAAUAGACAAUGCAAUGUAGAUCAGAAUACAAGGAUGUGAACUUUCAUAUGGUCGCCUGCAAUGUGAGAUUUCAUUAAAGCAUUCUUCAACUCUCCUAUCAUAUUGAAAGUAAUUAAAUUUACUUUGCUGUUGCCUUCUCGUUUGGAGUAUUUUCCUGUGAAAGUUUUUGUUUAUAGUCUUUCCCUCUUCUCUCUCUCUCUCUGUCUCUUUUUUUUUUUUGGCUUACAGCUCAUUUCAACAGCUGUGUUUAUUUUAUUCCGAUGUGUAAGUUUUAAGUUGUACUUUUGUAGCUGAUUGUGUCAUAUUGACAGUUUUCUUUUAAAACCAGACAACAUCCUAUUCAUUUGUAAAAUAAAUGAGGUGAAAAACUACAUGGUAGCACCAUUUCUCCCA